CUAACAUCACCAGUCACCAGUACACUCCACACUCCACACACUCAACAAAUGUCUAUAUAUACAUCUUAAUUUGCAUAUCAAUCACUCACAACUACUACCAACAACAACCAUUACUUUAUUCAUAACCUGUAAACAAUGGAACACAUGGAUGCUUUUAUGGAAUCGUAUAGCUCAGUUCCAGCAUUAUCAUCCGAAAGUGUUCCAUUAGUAUGCAUUUUGACCUCAAAUUGCAGCACAACCUCUGUCUUGAAUGCCGCUGCUGAAGCAGAAGUGAUGCUGGCUUCACUGAACCCGAAGAAGAAGGCCGGAAGGAAGAAGUUUAGGGAGACUAGACAUCCGGUGUACAGGGGAGUGAGAAUGAGGGAUAACGGGAAGUGGGUUUGUGAGUUAAGAGAGCCGAACAAUAAGAUGAGGGUGUGGCUAGGGACACAUCCCACUGCUGUAAUGGCAGCUAGGGCACAUGACGUGGCUGCUUUGGCUUUCAGGGGGCGAUCGGCGUGUUUGAACUUCGCUGACUCUGUGUGGCGGCUGCCUGUCCCGAAGUCUAACAAAAUAGAAGAUAUACAAAAGGCCGCUGCAGAAGCGGCGGAGGCUUUUAGAUACACGGUGGAUGUGGUGGAGAUUUUGGAAACGGAGGAGUUGCCGGAAAUUCUGUUUUACGUGGAUGAAGAUGAUGUUUUCGAGAUGCCGGAGUUUUUUGAUAGCAUGGCGGAGGGACUGAUGGUUGCGCCUCCUCAGAUGGUAGGGUAUGGCGAUUAUGGGGAUGAUGUGGAAUUUUGUGCUGACGAGUCAUUAUGGAGUUAGCUCUAGAUCAUUUAGUGUGCAUAUAUAUAUAUAUAUAUAUAUAUAUAUAUAUAUAUAUAUAUAUAUAUAUAUAUAUAUAUAUAUAUAUAUAUAUAUAUAUAUAUAUAUAUUCGAUUUAGAUUUAGAUUUCAGAUAUAUUGAUUAUUUCCCCCCUCUCAUGACUUGAACCAAUGAGAAUGUACAAACUCUAUCAUCCAUAUAAUAAAAGAAAUUGAUUUAUUAGGUGUGGUA